AAGAGGGAAAGUUUGAGGCGCAUCCCACGUAAAUAACCUGUAGAAUAAUUGUCGUCUUCCUUCACGAGCAAAUCAGUUUCGUCGACAAUCUUUUGUUUCUGAUUUCGAUGUUGUUUCCGUGUUGAUGAAACUUCUCUCUUCUCAAUUGCUUUGCCGAAGAAGAUUCCUGCGGGAGAGGUGUUGUCGUUCACAAAUCCGCGGCGAUGGGCGGCGGCGAUGGAGCCUCUUCUAAAACCUCCGACAAGCCCAAAUAUUCCAGGUUUACUCAGCAAGAACUUCCCGCUUGCAAGCCUGUAUUGACUCCUGGUUUGGUCAUGGCAACUUUCCUUGUAUUCGGCAUAACCUUCAUUCCUAUUGGUUUAGUGCACUUAUCUGCCUCUGACAAUGUUGUUCAACUUGUAGAUCGAUAUGAUCAAGAGUGUGUUCCUGCAAAUUAUUCAUUUCCAGGAUCAGCUGAUAAUAGGAUGCUUGGAUUCAUCCAGGAUGCCAAAGUAGACAAAACCUGUUUCAGGAAAUUGACUGUUCCAAAGAAGAUGGCACCUCCUAUUUUUGUGUAUUAUCAGCUCGAUAAUUUCUACCAAAACCAUCGCCGAUAUGUCAAAAGUAGGAGUGACGAGCAGUACAGAGAUCCGGAUGACGAAACUGAUACUGGUAGCUGCUCCCCAGAGGGCGUAGAUGACAGUCUUCACCCCAUAGUUCCUUGUGGUCUUAUUGCUUGGAGCUUGUUCAACGAUACAUACAGUUUCAAGCGAAACAACGUUGAAGUGCCUGUAAACAAAAAGGGGAUUUCAUGGCAAAGUGACAGAGACCGAAAGUUUGGGUCUAAUGUCUUCCCCAAAAACUUCCAAAACCGGAAUCCGAUUGGAGGUGGAAAACUUGAUGAGAAACUUCCGUUGAACCAGCAAGAGGACUUGAUGGUGUGGAUGAGGCCUGCAGCCAUGCCUACCUUCCGGAAACUCUAUGGAAGAAUCGAGACUAAUCUCGAGGCGAGCGAUGUGUUGGAUGUGGUAAUACAGAACAAUUACAACACCUACGCGUUCAAUGGGCAGAAGAAGCUUGUGAUCUCCACGACAACUUGGAUCGGCGGCAAGAACGACUUUCUCGGCAAGAUCUACAUUACUGUUGGUGGUUUUUGUUUGUUCAUUGCUGUUAUUUUCAUCAUUCUCUACCUCAUCAAGCCAAGGCGUUUGGGAGACACUUCGUACCUGUCCUGGAAUAGAAAUUCUGAACCUGUGUCGUCUUAAUAAUGGGCCUUACUGACAAAAUAUUUGAGUUUUGAAGAUUAUCUGUAAAUGUGACUGUUAUAUCAUGGAAUUAUUGACCGAUGGUGAACACCAGGUUAGUUGUUAAUAAAAAGAUGAUUUGGUUAUAUAUCAUACUUCAUCCAUUUGUCUCA